CUUUCUCACCUGGUUAGCCAUGGGAGACGAAGCAUGGUGGUGGGCGGCGGCGAGCGGCGCCCAGAUAGCGCUGGGCGUCUUCUCCUACAGAAGAGGAUGCGGGGAGAGCGGGCACAUGAUGCCCUUCAAGGCCUUCUCCAUCGCCACCCUCUUGGCCGCCGCCUCCGCCGUCGCCGGAACCCUAGCUGCCACCGGCGUUCACACCGUGGGCGACGCGAAGGAGGUUGGUGUUGAGGUUCGGAGAUGGAUCAAGCCUCCUCGAUCCAGGGAAACUAAUUAAUUAAUUUUCGAUUUGAUUUCUUUUUUUUUUU